GUCUCACUAUCAAAACACCAAACAUUAGUAACAAAAUGUCAAAAACCAAGAUUCUAUUAGCUCUCCUAUUUUCCUUACACUACCUCCUCUCCGCCGCCGCUCCAACUCCAAACCCUAACCCUAACGCCACCAGCUUCAUCGAAGCCGAAUGCCGCGCCACUCACUACCCUUCCCUCUGCAUCAACUCCCUCUCCGCCUACUCCAAAACCGUCCAAAAAAGCCCUAAGCAGCUCGCCCGAGCAGCCCUCUCGGUCGGCUUGUCGCGCGCUCAAUCCAGCUCCUCCUUCGUCUCCAAGGCGGCUCUCAUAAGAGGCCUGAAGCCGAUGGAGCGCCGCGCCAUCCAAGACUGCGCCGCCAACAUGGCUGGCGCGGUCGACCAGCUCGGUUUGUCCGUGAAGGAGCUCGGUAGGAUCGGAUCGGAGAAGCUGAGCUGGCACCAGAGCAACGUGGAGUCGUGGAUCGGGGCUGCGAUGACCUUCCAGCAGACGUGCCUCGACGGAUUCUCGGCUCCUUCCAUGGCUGGAGAUGUUAGGAUUGCUGUGAUGAAAAGGGUUCUGGAUUGUAAGCAGGUUACCAGCAAUGCGCUUGUGUUGAUCCAUCGCUAUGCUGCAGCAAAGCGUAAACAUGGCUAAGGCUGCAUAUUUGAUUUUCCAAGGCGCAAAACCGAAGAUGUCUAUAUUAGAGUUUGCAUUUGAUUACGUCCCUAUAUUUCAUGUUUGUGUAUAUUAUCAUCGUUGCUUUCGUUUUCGUGUGGUUCAGUUUUAUACUAGUUUGGUAGAUUUAUGUAUUAAUUUCUGUAAUACCUUAAUAUUGCGCGUUACAUAAAACAAUAACUUUGAAUUAA